CCCUGCCAGGCCAGACAGAGCCCAGCUAUAGCGCACUGCUCCCUGUGUGUGCCGGUAAUGAGACCAAUAGGCAGCCUAUACGCCUCUGCGCCGCAACUUCCGCCCGAAUCACUGUUCCAAACUACAAGCCCCAGGAUGCUUUGCGCCGUGUGAGCUGACUUCCUGCCAUGGCCCCGUCCGCUGCCGGUCACGUUUUAAUUCGGGGUGGAAUUAACCUCAUGAAGAUGGCCUCAGGGAAACUCCGAGUGGCUGUGAUUGGAGCAGGCGCUGCUGGCCUGUGCUGUGCCCAUAACCUCCUGGCGAGGCCUUCAAUCUAUGAAGCUCCAGUUGUAUUUGAGACGACGGGGCAAGUGGGGGGCACCUGGGUGUAUACAGAGGGUUCAGAGACCAACUCCCAUGUCCACUCCAGCAUGUACAGAGACCUCAGGACUAAUCUGCCCAAAGAAAUCAUGGAGUUCCCCGAUUUCAGCUUUGACCCCUCUGUCCCUUCAUUCCCUCAUCAUUCCAAGGUGCUGGAGUACCUGGAGGAUUACACAGACAAACUGGGAAUACGCCCACACAUACGGUUCAACUGCACGGUGGAGGUGAUUUCUCCAGUACUGGGGGACGGGGAUUCUGUACAGGUCCCGUGGGAGGUGACGUUCCGCACCCAGGGUGACGCGCAUCCUGUGACGCAGAGGUUUGAGGCUGUGAUGGUUUGUGCGGGACACUACUCUAAGCCCUAUAUCCCAGACAUCGCUGGAAUGGAAACGUUUCAAGGCCAGGUUCUGCACAGUCAUGUCUACCGGUACCCCGAGGUCUUCUCCUCCCGUUCCGUGGUUCUUUUGGGUUCAGGCCCUUCUGGGGUUGACAUUGCCAUGGAGCUGGCUUCCUAUGCCAAGGAGGUCACGCUAAGCCACCGGGGUUCCCCCCUUCAGUGGACUCUGCCCAAAAAUGUAUCCUUGGCCCCUGCUGUGGUCCAUGCUGCCCCCCAUACUUUGACCUGUUCGGAUGGGACUGAACUAAAGGCAGAUACUUUAAUAUUCUGCACCGGGUACAAAUACAACUACCCAUUUCUGGUACCGGCAAGAAGUAAUGGACAUCUGGCAUCUUCCCAGGAAUCACUGGGUGCAAACAACAAUCCCCAACCAUUUAAUCUAUUGGAAGAUGAUGAGUUCUUAGGUCCAGAUAUGGGCCAAGGCCACCUCCCACCGCUCUACAAGCACCUGAUCCAUGCCCGUUAUCCCACCUUGUGCUUUAUUGGGGCUUGUAAAAAAGUCGUUCCCUUCCCGCUGUUCAACUGUCAGGCUCUGUUCUUCCUGGCGGUGCUCGAGGGUAAAUGCCAGUUGCCCCGGCCCAGCCAAAUGCUGUCGGAGUCCCGCGAAGAGCUGAAGAAACACCUGCGAGAUGGACUGCCCCUUAAGUACUUGCACCGACUAGAAAGGGACCAGUGGAAGUAUAACCGCUGCCUAGAGGAGACUGCGGGAUUUGAACCCUUGCCCCCCGUGCUGGAGAAGAUAUACGAGGCCUGUAAGAGUUUUAGGAAAGCCGAUCCUACAUCCUACAGGGAACUCAACUUCCAGAUCGUCAACAAAGAUCAGUUUAGAAUCAUUUCCAGUUAGGAAAUAUAAUGUCCUAUAUAUAGUCUAUCCCUGGUCUCACCAUAAGGCCAAAACCCAUUGGCCGAUGCACAGCUGCCGGCCUCUAGUGGGUGGUGCCUAAAUAUGAAUCGCGCACUGGGGAUCCAGGAAGUGCUGAUUAGAGUAGCCAUCUUGGCUUCUCUGGCUACUGCUGUAGGAUUCUGACAGCCCUACUUAGCUAAUCAACAGCUGAAGCACCAAUGAGUUCCAAUUGGAAGGGCAAGUUCUAUGAUUGGUUGCUAUGGGUUCCUACACUACGGCCAUUAGAUCUUCUCCCGAUAUCCCCACCUACGGGGUUGUAUGGAAGGCUUUUGUUAUGUUUCUAUAGGGGGUUAGAAAAUGUUCUACAGUGGGGAAAAGUAAUAAUUAUAGAUGCAGAGUUCAUAGC